GAACCUACUGGACACUACAACGAUCACAGGAGACUGGGGAUGGCUAACGUAUCCGUCACAUGGGUGGGACGCCAUUAACGAGAUGGACGAGUACUUCAGCCCCAUCCACACGUACCAGGUCUGUAACGUGAUGAGCCCCAGCCAGAACAACUGGCUGAGGACGGGCUGGCUCCCUCGAGACGGAGCGAGGAGGAUCUACAUCGAGGUCAAGUUCACACUGAGAGACUGCAACAGCAUGCCUGGUGUACUGGGCACCUGCAAGGAAACCUUCAACCUGUACUACUAUGAGUCCGACAGAGCGGUAGGCUCGGCUGUACGGGAGAACCAGUUCAUUAAGAUUGACACCAUCGCCGCUGACGAGAGCUUCACAGGGGUGGACCUGGGAGUCCGCAGACUUAAACUCAACACUGAGGUGCGAGGCGUGGGCCCUCUGAGCAAACGAGGCUUCUACCUGGCCUUCCAGGACAUCGGCGCGUGCAUCGCCCUCACCUCUGUGCGGGUGUACUACAAACGCUGCGUGGGCGUGAGCCGUAACCUGGCCGUGUUCACCGAUGUGGUGACGGGCGCCGACUCCUCCUCCCUGGUGGAGGUCCGGGGUCAGUGUGUGGAUCACGCAGAGGAGAGGGACACGCCCAAGAUGUACUGCAGCGCCGAGGGCGAGUGGCUGGUGCCCAUCGGGAGGUGUGUGUGCUCCGCCGGAUUCGAAGAGCACAGAGAUUCCUGCGUGGCCUGUGAGGUGGGUUUCUACAAGCCGGUGGCGGGCGAUGGCUUGUGUGGCAAAUGUCCCCAACACAGCCACUCAGAGACCCGAGCCGCCCUCGCCUGCCCCUGUGACUCCAACUACUAUCGAGCGGCAGAUGACCCACCGGCAGCUCCAUGCUCCCGCCCUCCAUCUGCUCCAGUAAACGUCAUCUCCUCGGUCAAUGGGACGUCCGUGAAUUUAGAGUGGGAUCGCCCUCUGGAUACGGGCGGUCGCAGCGACCUGAAGUACAGCGUGCUGUGUCAGAAAUGCUCGGGGGAAGGAGGUCCCUGUGAGGACUGCUCAUCCUCCCCGGGAGGCCCUGGUGGAGGGAAGGCAGGCGGAGGAGGGGCGAGUCUCGGGGUCGGAGGGAUGGUGGAGCGUCUGGGCAACGCGGCAGUUCGAUUCGUUCCACGCCAGACUGGGUUGACGGAGCCGUGGGUGACUGUGCUCAACCUGGUGGCUCACACCAACUACUCCUUCCGUCUCCUGGCCAUGAACGCAGUGACACACCUGAGCAACGAGCCGUCACCGUUUGCCAUGGUCAACAUCACAACGAACCAGGCAGCCCCCUCUGAAGUGUUAGCGAUCCGCCAGGAGAACACCAGUCAGAACAGCGUGACUCUGCUGUGGCAUGAACCCGGCCAGCCCAACGGCGUAAUCCUGGAGUACGACAUCAAAUACUACGAGAAGGAUAAUGAAGCGCAGAGUUAUUCCACUCUUAAGUCCAGAAACACCAGCGCCCGAGUGUCAGGGCUGAAGCCAGGCACCAAGUACAUCUUCCAGGUCCGAGCCAGAACGUCAGCAGGCUGCGGACGCUUCAGCCAGAAUGUGGAGAUCCAGACUGGGAAAGCAGCUCCUCUGCGCUACAACACCAUGACCAUCAUCUGGAUCUGCAUGGCCAUGGUGUCCGGCCUGGUAACCUUUCUGGCCAUCAUCAUCUGCAGGAAACGGCAAGGCUACACUUUACCACACUACCCAUCGCUGCUACACUGUGGCUACAGCAAAGCCUUCCAGGACUCUGAUGAGGAGAAAACGCAUUACCAGAACGGUCACGUGUCAUUCCCCGAUGCAAGGUUCUAUAUCGACCCGCACACAUACGAGGACCCCUGCCAGGCUGUCCACGAGUUUGCCCGAGAAAUUGAAGCUUCCAGGAUCAAAAUAGAGAAAAUCAUUGGUUCAGGGGAGUUUGGGGAGGUGUGUUAUGGACGUAUGAGACUCCCGGGUAAAAGAGACAUCCCAGUGGCCUUGAAGACCCUGAAGGCAGGCUACACAGAGAAACAGAAGAGGGACUUCCUGGCUGAGGCGUCCAUCAUGGCCCAGUUCGACCACCCCAACGUCAUCCGCCUGGAGGGAGUGGUGACUCAGAGCAAACCGGCGAUGAUCAUCACAGAGUACAUGGAGAAUGGCUCUCUGGACUCCUUCCUCAGGAGACACGAUGGCCAGUUCACCAUCAUCCAGCUGGUUGGGCUGCUGCGCGGCAUUGCAGCCGGCAUGACCUACCUGUCUGACCUGGGUUACAUCCACAGAGACCUGGCUGCCCGCAACAUCUUGGUCAACAGCAACCUGGUGUGUAAGGUGUCUGACUUUGGUCUGUCCCGAGUACUGGAGGAUGACCCCGACGCUGCAUACACCACCAGUGUGAGUUUUCACAUUGAGGGCGGGAAAAUUCCAAUCCGCUGGACGGCCCCAGAGGCCAUCGCCUACAGGAAGUUCUCCUCGUCCAGUGACGUGUGGAGCUACGGAGUGGUCAUGUGGGAAGUGACGUCCUACGGAGAGCGGCCAUACUGGAACCUCACCAACAGAGAUGUGAUCAAAUCUGUGGAAGAGGGCUACAGGCUGCCUGCUCCAAUGGGCUGCCCCGGUCCGCUACACACACUCAUGCUGGACUGCUGGCAGAAGGAUCGCAACGAGAGGCCACGCUUUUGCCAGAUAGUCACUGUUCUUGACAAGCUCAUCCGCAACCCAGAGAACCUGAAGUCAAUGGAUACGCUCUGCAGUUUAAACAGUCCUUCUGUGAUGGAGAGAGCUAUCCCUGACUUCAGUAGCUGUAACUCAGUAAACGAGUGGCUGGACACCAUAAAGAUGGGUCGCUACAAGGACCACUUUGCAGCAGGGGGGUACCAAACUCUGGGACACGUCAUAAGCAUGAACCAAGGAAACCCGGGCUUCUGUAAGGUCUAGUGGGACUCCGUGGAAUUCAAGAUGAUCCGAUAAGCGAUAAGUGGGAACUUUACAAGACUUUUUCCCAAAGAGAUUGAAGAACAAAAUGUGAACGGUUUUAACUAUGGAGCAAGUAAACAUGACUUCUUUGGGACAAGUCCGACCUUUCAAUUUUUUUUUUUCCUAUCGGAUUGCAUUUUCUGAGUUUAAAUGUCUUGUUUAUAAAUGGAAAGACUGCCUUAAUUACCACAAAUUGAUUUAAAUUGUAUUGUCUAUAAAGAGAAGAUAAUUUAUCAAUCAUGAAGUUAUUAGAGAAAUAUGAUUUACUGAACCGGGCAAUAGUAAGUAGUAAGUACAUGGAGUGAUGUAGAGGGUGGGGAGGGGGAGGGGGUGUUUUCUGAUGCUACUCAAUGCUUCUACUUCAGGACCAGCUUGAGGAGAAUGUGGCCCAGAAGGAGGCUCGAGCCAGAAAAAGGGGAGAAAAGUGAGAUAGUGCUCACCCAAGUUGCCAGAUCAUCUCCACAGCCGAGAAGACCUACUUCACCCCAGGCUAUUAAUAUCAACAACAGGCACAUUUCUCCGCCAUCUAACCUUGAUGAAUGAACCCAGGAGAGCCCUGGAGCCCUCUGCCCAGUUUAAAGCUGCGUGGCGCACAACUACUGUACUUGGAAGAUGUGUAUGAUUCAGUUAAGGUGCACUUUAUUCUACAAUCUCUCUGUGUUGUGGAGGCUUUGCUGUUGUGUCACAAAUCUCCUCUCAGCCACAACUGGAGUCCCAAUGUUGGUCCGUUAAAGAAUUAGCUUGUUUGAAAAUAUUACAUAAAUAAUGACAAAUUAUACAGUAUAAAAACCCAAGAAGAAAAAGAUCUAUCUGACAUGUAUUAGUGUAGUAAGUUUCAAUGCUUGGUAGUGAAGUUAAAUCAUGUGAAAAUUGUCAACAACCAAUGGGUGCUCUCCCACCAGCACCAAACAGGCUAAAGCCAGUAUUGUUUAUGGUUGCUAUCAUGCUAAGCUAAAUGCUAAAGAGGUAAAUGUGCCGAUUUACAACCCUUCUAAACCAAGACAUCCAACAGAGUUUUACCAGGGGGUAAACACAGAGCUUUGAGUACUGGCACCAUUCAUCUGCUUGUACUGUACAGCAGAACAGAAAAUCUGCAAACUUUCCCUUAAGUUACCAGUCAACGUUAUCGGUAGCUAGCUAGAUGGUUACAUUUUUAAAAACAAAUCUACAGUAGUGAAGAAGUCUUGCAAAUUCUGACCCUGCAAGAUCCCCAGUCUUUGCCAGAUAUUAUAGUCUGUGACUAAAAAAACUCAGGGACAUUAUGAGAGAUUGUCUUUAGAUGUAAGAGGGUGUCAGACGGAGUCUUUUAGUGUUUGAUAGGAAUAAGGGGACACAGUAACAGUGACAAUGGUAGGGAGCUGUAUCGGCAGGUUGGGGUAUUUUUAAGUUACAUAGGCCAGGUAAGUUAAGUUUCUUAUGUUCCUUACAUAAUAUUCUUAACUAACGCUACAAACGUUGGUAACUCAAACCACAAUCUUUUACUACAUUGGUUUUCACAGUGGUGUCCAGGAACGGGAACUAUAUAUUUUCACUAUAAGUAAUCAAAUGACAGAAUGUAUGAUUCUUUUGGUAAUACGUUUCACACACUAUUUUUAAUCAGCUGAUGGCCUGGAGUUCAGUUUGUGCAGUUUAGAGUCCUUGACAUGAACAGUUUUAGGAAACAUUGUUUUACUAAACCUAAUUUAAGUAGUUUGGUUGCCUUAACCUAACCAAGGAACGUGCGUUUUGUUUGAAUUCACAAUUGGACUUCCAGAGCGUUAUGCCAAGGGCUCCUGACACUCGGCAACUGUUAACAUAUGAAUAGGUGAUAACGGCCUUCUGGACCUACUGGUAGGCAUAGCAGACCACUUCUAACCAUAUCUAUGAGGCUGAUAAACUGCCCAUUCAAUGGAGUGAUAACAUCCAAAAUGGGUGACUAUACCCAAGUUUUCUUUUCAACAUUUUAGGACUAAUAUUUUGCUGGGAGGGUGUUACACCUGAAAGCCAAAUGGUAGCGAAUCUUGCUUACUUCAGUGGAUAUUUUAGAAUUAACGCCAACACGAAAACUUAUCAGUGCAAUAAUGAUGUAUCCCAGAGUACAUAUGGGAACACUUUUUUUUUUUUUUAAUGCUGGGAAUAUGUUAUAGUACACAUAAGCUACACAGACUGUAAAAUAAAGUGAUACUUGUGAUCAAAUGUGAUGAUGCUGUUCAUGUUGAUGAAUAGGCAAAGAACAUGUGAGUGGAAUGUUAAUAUCUAAAAGGUUCUCAAAAGUACAUAAUCAGCCCUAAUUUAUACCCCUCUCCGUGCCAUCAUGGGAAUGUCUUUUUUCUUGUGCACCUCAGUAGGUUUUCCUCUAGAAGAUUGAUGUCAGUUUAUUAUUAGAGAAGAACCUCAUGAUAUUUCUUGAAUAUGUAAUAUAGUGGCAUUUCACUACUGUUUUUUUAGGAUGCUUUUGAAGACACUGGAUUUGAACUGAAAACCCAUAUUUUAUAAAGUUAGGAUAUGUUUUUGCUAGAUGAAUUGAUUUCUAAUGUAUACAGAGAGUUCAGUCACUGGAAGAAAAAAAGAAAAGAAUGCAACCGGAUUUAUUCACAUUUCAUUAUUUAUUCAUGCUUAUUUGUUUUCCAAAUGAUACAACUCUGAGAUGUUUUAUUAAAGUUGAUGAAUCAUCUUUGUUGCUAAUGAUAAACCAUAAAUGUGCAAACUGUCCAUAAAUACACAAUAAAGGAAAGUUUGUCUGUGUGUGACUGCAA